AUCAUAUAUAUUAAAAUUGUAGAGCACGGUGAUGACUCAGAUGAAUUUGCAAUCCCUUUACCUGAAGGAUUCGUACCAGAUGCACAAAUGAUUGACACACAAAAACAUUUGGAUUCUGAUGAUGAGUUCGACGACUUGGGUGAGGGACUUCAAAACAAUUACUUUUUGAAAAUUUCACUGUUAUGUUCUUAUGCAAAUUUUCAGGUUUCAGCAUUAGCAUUUGAUCAACAAGGUAUGAAAUUCGCAACUGGCGGGUAUGAUUAUAUGGUAAAUUUGUUUGAGUUUCAAAGAAUGGAUUCAGGCUUAAAACCCUCGCGUGAAUUGAUGCCUUGUGAAUGCCAUGUUAUCAAUGGCCUAGCGUUCAAUUCAAAUGGUGAAAGGCUUCUGAUUGCAAGUGGUUAUGCACAGAUUCGGAUUCUUGAUAGGCAGGGUAAACAAUGGGCAGAAACUAUUCGAGGUGACCAGUAUUUGGUGGACGCAUCCAAUUCUAAAGGCCAUACUGGAUCUGUCAAUGCUUGCUGUUGGCAUCCUGUUAUAAAAACGGAGUUCUUGUCUUGUUCUGAUGAUGGAACCCUCAGAAUAUGGUCUACGGAUGAUUAUAAGGAAAUUACUCAUUGUAUCAAUAAGCAGCGAAAAGUGAUUAAGACAAAGAAUGUUGCUGGGAAAAGGGCUGUGCCAACAGCUUGCUGUUAUUCUCCGGACGGAAAAUAUUUGGCAGCUGGAUGCAAUGAUGGAUCUAUUCAAAUUUGGAAACAUGGAAGUCUAUAUGUAAACACUGCAUAUUUGAAUCGAACAGCUCAUACUGCGCCCGUCACUUCAUUACAGUUUUCGCCAAAUAGCAAGCGGAUCCUUUCAAGAUCACUUGAUGGUACUCUGAAAUUGUGGGAACUUCAAGCAUUCAAGACACCCUGUCAUGUGAUAGAAAAUUUGAAUACUGACUUCAUCGGUACUGAUUGUGGCUUUUCUCCUCAUGGUGAAAUAGUUUACACUGGUACAUCUUUUGAUACUGAUAAUCAAUCUGAUGGAAUGCUUAUUUUUUAUGAUUCGACAUCUUUCGAGUUGGUAUAUCAGAUCAGAUAUCCCAAAUUAAGUUGUUUUCGAGUUUGUUGGCAACCCAAAAUCAAUCAAAUUCUUGUUGGUUUGAGUGAUGGUUCACUUCACCUGUAUUAUGAUUCUGUUAACAGUUCAAAGGGAGCUCUAUCAUGUGUCUCCCGUCCUAUAAGGCGUGCACGUAUGCAGGAAGUGAUUCGCGAAGAGUUGGUGUUGUCACCGCUCACUUUGGAAAUGUUUCAACCUAGAGGAGAAGAAGGAGAGGAGAAAGAAGUUACAUCAUGGAGGAUAAAAAAGUAUUUGCGUAUGAAAGACAACAAGUUACGGCCCGAUUUCCGAAAACCGGCUGAUAUGCCAAUGAGUGGACCAAGUUCUGGGGGUCGAGUUGCUGCUUCUGGUGGCACGCUUCAUUCCUAUAUUGCCAAACAAGUUGGUACGAAAAGGAAUCGUGAUUUUCUUGCAGAUACUGAUGUGCGAGCAUCCAUUUUACGUCAUGCCGAAGAGGCAGAAAAAAAUCCUUAUUAUGUCACUAAGGCGUACCUCAAAAAUCAGCCAGUUACGAUUUUCCAAGAGAAAACCACAGCACCAGAGGAGGAUGAAGGCGAUGUAGAAUUAGAACCACUGUAUAAGAUUUCAAAAAAGCAAUAG